GGUGUGGUGGAUGUGUCACAGGCGUCUGCGUCGCUGGCGCUGUACGAUCCGUAUUUCUGCAUGGGAGCCACCGUGCGCAUUCUCAAUGACCUGGGCUUUGCAAAGGUCAUCAACGAAAAGAAAGACUUCUACCAGGAUGUCAAGAACAAGACCGUUCCCACACACGAUGUGCUAGUCACUAACCCUCCGUAUUCAGGGGACCACAAAAAGAAAUUGUUCCAGUACAUCCUUGACAACCGAUACGACCAGAUGAUGGCAGGUGACCAAUCAGACAGCGACUGUGACAGUGACAGCGACAGUGACAGUGAUAGUGAUAGUGACAGUGGGAGCGAUAGCGAUGGUUCGGAGUCCAAAGCCAAAGACAACAAAAACAAACAGAAGACGAAGAAGAAGAACCAGAGUGGCAAAGGAGACGACAGCGACAGCGAUCAGGACAGCCCCAGUGCGUCUGAGGAGAUGGGGCCCACGCCUUUCUUUCUGCUGCUGCCCAGUUGGACUACUACCAAGAAGUACUACCGUGCAUUCAUCAAGUGCCUGGCUGACCUGCAUCAGUACGACAGGGAGGGUCCAGUGGCAAAAGAAGGCGAAGAAAGGCCUCAGAAGUUAAAGAGACCAAACCUCAAUGCCGCACUGAAAGCGCUCUCUUCGGACGAGGCACACAAUGCACAGAUGGAGGUGGACGCAGGCGUGUUCUAUGUCAGUCCCACACACAACAAAUAUGACUUCCUCCAUCCAGACGGUGCGGGCCAGGACAUUGCCCCGUUCCACGGCGUGUGGUUCUGCGGUGGAUUCAAAAAUGAGAAGAUCAGAAAUGCCGCCAUCACGCGGCUGCUGAAGGAAAAGGGCCGCGAUAUCACGGUGCUCAAGAAUUUAGAAGAGGCGCAGAAUGUCGGCCUAGCACGCACCAAAGAACAAGCGAAGGAGCGAAUGGAAAACAAUCCAAAGCAGAAAGCCCUCAGAGACGAAGCACGCGCCCGCAGAGACGAUGACGAGUGGCAGAAGGCCAGGAUCAAACGCAAGAAAAUCGCCAACCGCAAACAUGCCAAGUACAAUGAAAAUCCUGAAGCAGUGGCAAAACCCGCUGCUCCUGCAGGCGUCGAAUACUGUCGACACUUCUUGUCAGACAAGGGUUGCAAUAGAGGAGCCAAGUGUAAAUUCCCACACCCCCCUUAAUCCGACAGGAAUAUUCAUUUUUAUUGCAACCUUCUUGAUAUUAAAAGCUCUUUACCGAA